CCGCUACUGUAUUGACAUUAUAUAAAAGGAUGGCAAGACCAACAUCAACCACGUACGUACACCAUGGGUGGGUAUCUCUUCAGCGUUUUCGUCCUCUUUGCCUGGGUUCCGCACAUCUAUGGCUUGUGGCCUAUUCCAAGGUCUCUCGAGACCGGUUCUGUCGCACUCAAACUCGCAAACUCAUUCAGGAUUACGGCCAAUGUACCUCAUCCACCGUCUGACCUCUCAGACGCUAUAUCUCGUACUGUUGGUCACCUCAGGACCGACAAAUUCGAAAGGCUGGUUGUUGGUCGUGGCUCUGCCGAUAGUGAAACGAUACAACAUGCAAGAGAAUUGAAGUCUUUGACUCUAGCUCUAGCACCUGGGUCUCCUGUUCGAAGCAUCUCAGAUGAGGCAAUCCUGCCCAUCGAAUCCCGGUCGGAGGAAUACACCCUUCAUAUCCCGUCGGACGGCUCUGCAGCUUCCAUAGAAGCUAAUUCAACUCUGGGUCUCCUUAGGGGAUUGACCACUUUCGAACAACUGUGGUAUUUCUUCGACGGCCAAGUCUACACGUUGGAAGCACCUGUUUCUAUCACGGACUCUCCUGCUUACCCCUACAGAGGUCUCAUGCUUGAUACAUCGCGUAACUUUUUCCCUGUCACUGAUAUCAAACGAACUCUCGAUGCAAUGAGUUUGGCGAAGAUGAGUCAAUUUCACUGGCACGCUACCGACAGUCAAAGUUUCCCCCUCGUUAUCCCUGGGUUUACGGAAGUGGCUGCCAAGGGCGCCUACUCUUCUUUGAUGUCAUACAGCUCAAAGGAUAUUCAAGAUAUUGUGUCAUACGCUGGCGCGCGUGGCAUUGACGUUCUCGUAGAAAUCGACACCCCAGGUCAUACUGCUGCCAUAACGGAGUCCCAUCCUGAACAUAUUGCCUGUUCUCAUGCCUCUCCUUGGUCUCAGGUUGCUGGAGAGCCUCCUGCCGGACAGCUUCGCUUUGCAUCAUCCGCAACAGCAAACUUCACUGCAAACCUGCUGACUGCCGCAGCCAAACUCUUUCCCUCCAAAUUCUUUAGUACCGGAGGCGAUGAAGUCAAUACAGAGUGUUAUGCUAACGAUUCUCAGACACAGUCGAUACUUCAAUCGACAGGACAGACUUUCGAACAAGCUUUGAGCGGAUUCAUGCAGACGACUCAGGGUGCUCUGGAAAAGGCUGGCAAGACGCCGGUUGUUUGGGAAGAGAUGGUAUUGGAGCAUAACGUGACACUCUCGAACGAGACCGUGGUCAUGGUGUGGAUAUCCUCGCAGCAUGCUGCCGCUGUAGCCGCAAAGAACUUCAGAAUUGUUCACGGUCCUUCCGACUUCUUCUACCUUGACUGUGGUGCAGGCGAAUGGCUUGGUAAUGAUGUUUCCGGGAAUAGCUGGUGUGAUCCCUUCAAGUCCUGGCAAAAGUCGUAUACUUUCGACCCUCUCGCCAAUAUCACACCUGAGCAAAGCCAUCUCGUCCUUGGAGGUCAACAACUCCUUUGGACUGAGCAGUCAGAUCCAUCCAAUCUCGAUUCCAUUGUUUGGCCUCGAGCAGCCAGUUCAGCAGAAGUUUUCUGGACUGGUGCCACCCUGCCUGAUGGUUCGCCGCGCAAUGUGAAGUCUGCUUUAGCUCGGCUUCACGAUUUCAGGUUCCGAUUAAUACAGAGAGGCGUGUCAGCAAUCGCUCUUCAACCACUUUGGUGCGCUUUACGCCCAGGCCUCUGCGAUGGAGAUUCUUGAGGAUAUAUGGGAUGUUUAGUAACAUAAAGAAAAAGCAUGAUACAUUCUUAUUCGCUGGCAUGAACUCAUAACUUGAAAGUCAUCGCUGGUAUGCUCCUGCCCGAUGAGUAGCCUUCAAUGUCAAACGGCGAGAAGGCAAAUUCAACUUGGCCACAAUGGUUUUGUCAAACGUUUGAGAUGCGUUUGUUGAGGUGAAGU